AUGGUCACUUGUUAUCUAUUUCUAGCACCGAGGAUACUAGUGCAUAAUGGCUCCUACGUGUUCCUUACAACUGGUCGAGGUUCCGAAUGGUCUGCAGCACCAGCUCUGAUCCUAGUUUAUAAUGCAACACUCAUAUCGACAUUGGUAUAUAGUACGAACAGCUUUAUUUAUAGAUUUAUUCAGUUAUGCAGGCCUCACCUUUUCUUCAUCUAUACAUCAUUUAAAUGUUUGGCGGUAUAUACAGUCAUUAAUGUUGCUCUUAUUUCGAACUGGGUCCUUAUGGUCUACUUCACUGGAUGGCCAAAACCACCAUUUACAGCACAUCUGAAGGAGCUUUUGAUGACUGACUAUGACUUUAACCUUGGCAACCGGGCCUUUGUUGGGUUCUCACUCGAUAUGUUACCUAAAGACGAAUUUGUUAUGCUAGUGGAGGCGCUUUCGCUACUUAUUGUACUGGUCUGUAUAGCAUUUUCAUGUGCUCUUCGUGUACAUUUUUAUUUGAAGACCAACGCUCUCAGUGCUCAGACCAAAAGAAUGCAAAAGACGUUAUUCGUCGUCUUACUCAUCCAGACGGCAUGUCCUGUCAUUCUUCUACAUAUACCAUUGUUCACAAUAUAUUUAUUACUGUUUACUGGCUGCAAUACACCUUGGCCAUUGAACUUUUGUGGUGGAAUUCUCAUGUCGGCAUAUCCGUUCUUUUCACCGAUCAUCGUCAUGCUCUAUAUGAAAGAUUAUCGACGUUUCAUUUUUCGGUUGGGUGCCUAUGAUAGGCGACGUCCAUCUGGAACAACAAUGUUUAUUACUACGGCUGGAAGACCAUCCGCUUCAUUGAAGUUCUAG